UUUUUUUUUUCCUCUUCAAAUAAAACUUUCUUCCCCAAAACCCUUGUCGAUCGCCAUAACAUCUCUCACCGGUGAAUGCUUCGACUUAGGUGAGAACCUUGACGCCGACCACCGCUCGCAUACUUCGCUGGACUUCUCCUCUGCUCAGCAACGUCACCAGAUUUCUCCUCUGCUCUGCAAUCGCUCACGCCCGUCGUCGCCGCCUGUCACGCCCACCGUCGCCGUCUCCGCCUGUUACGCCCGCUUUCGUUGUCUCCUUCGCUCACCACAUCUUCACCAUCGUCUCCGACCUCUGCUGCCAACGGAUACAUCAAAUGUAUGGAUCUGAUGGCGUAAACGAAGAUUCAGAGAGAACUGCCUUUCGAAAAACUGAGAAAAAGUACAAACUAUAUUAUGAUAAUAACAAAUCUUCCAAAAAGAAGAAGAAACCGAGGCCUGUAGAUUUGUCAGAGGUUAUCGAUUUUAAGUCUGUUUCAGAGUCCUUUACUAGAAACAAUGAUGUUCAUCUUCCUAUUGGAGUUUCAAAGCUUGAAUGUCAGUUUGCUAGGCCAGUUUUCAGUUUGGAUAAAUGCCCUGGUUUCUAUUUCAUUCCUGAAGCAUUGAGUAUUGAGGAACAAUACAGAUGGAUUAAGGAGAGCUUAGUGAGUUUUCCUGAACCUCCAAACAGAACUAAUCACAAUGCUGUUCAUGGAGCCAUACAUGAUCUGUUCAAUGCUGCAAAAGAUAGAAAAGUGUUGGUUGAAGAGGAAAAGAUAAUAUUACCUGGUGAAGAAGAUGCUCAUACUCAUAAAUGGGAAUGGGCUACUUGUGAUGAACCAAGUGGAAAUACAAAUACUAGUAAAUCAAUAUCAGCAUCUGUCUUGCUAAGGAAACUGAGAUGGAGUACUCUUGGUCUCCAAUUUGACUGGUCAAAGAGGAGUUAUAAUGUUUCACUCCCUCACAACAAGAUCCCGGAUGCUCUUUGUGAAGUUGCUAAGAAAAUGGCUUCUCCUGCUAUGCCAGUUGGAGAAGAAUUUCAACCAGAAGCUGCUAUUGUUAAUUACUUUGCUUCAGGUGAUAUGUUGGGUGGUCACCUUGAUGACAUGGAGGCAGAUUGGAGCAAACCUAUAGUAAGCAUGAGUUUGGGAUGCAAAGCAAUUUUUCUUCUUGGAGGGAAGUCCAGAAAUGAUGAACCGUUAGCUAUGUUUCUGCGCAGUGGUGAUAUUGUUCUUAUGGCUGGAGAAGCAAGGGAGCGUUUUCAUGGGAUACCUCGGAUUUUUACCGAUACAGAAAAUGCAGAGAUCGAUUGUUUAGAAAAGCAUUUCUCAGGUGAAGAUGAUACUUGUUAUUUGGAAUACAUUAAAACCUCAAGAAUUAACAUUAAUAUCAGACAAGUGUACUGAAUUAUUUCUUAGUAUAUUUUUCCUGAAAUUUGAUUCAACACUAAUGUGUUGGAGAUGCCUUAACGGAUUUCCUGUUCUCUCAAUUUUCUACCAACACUAAGGGCUUACUUUUUUUAGACUUGAUGAACUUUAAUGGGUUAAGCACUUAAGCUAAACUGUACAACAAUCGAUGAUUGUUUCUUCUUGACUCUUGA